AUUUUCUACUGUUUUUUAACAAAACCAACCUUCAUGUCCGAAUUCGAGCAUGAAAUCGUUGAAUCUAUCUCUCUCUGUAUAUGUAGACGUAUAGAUGGAGUAAAAUACAAGCAGACAAUUACAAAGCAAGCGAUUCAUUCGUAAACCCAAAGAAAUCUUUUUGAUUAAACUACACAUUAAACUAUCACUCCACCACCCACCAUUUUCCUCCUCACUUUCUCUCUCUCCAAACACCCAAUUCAGAUCCCAAUUUCAAACCAGUUCACACCAUCUGCGCGGAUUCCUCAACCCUUUGUCGGAGGAGAGAAAGAAAAUGAAGCCGUCGGCGCUCCAGCAGAGCUACACCAACCGCCGGAGCAACAGCUUCAGAGGAUCACCGCCGUUGGAGUCUUCAAUCGACGGCGGAUCCAAAUCUCCGGCAGCGGUAUUCUGGCUAGUCCUCCACGGCCUCUGCUGUCUCAUCAGCCUCGUCCUAGGGUUCAGAUUCUCUCGCCUCAUCUUCUUCCUCCUCUUCUCCACCACCACCACUACCAGCAACAACAAUCUCUUCUCCGCCGAUGCCCUAACUCUUCAGACCACACUCCCUUCUUCUUCAUCAUCUUCGUCGCCGCCGAAUGGAACCGUCGUGGUUUCGAGUAGCAGAGUAGUGGUUGGGAGGCACGGGAUCUUGAUUCGGCCAUGGCCGCAUCCAAAUCCAGUGGAGGUCAUGAAAGCUCAUCGGAUAAUCGAGAGGGUUCAGAGAGAACAGAGGCUUCAGUACGGAAUCAAAGACCCUAGAACUGUGAUUGCUAUCACUCCCACCUAUGUUCGAACUUUCCAGACUCUUCAUCUUACUGGAUUGAUGCAUUCUUUGAUGAAUUUGCCUUACGAUCUCAUCUGGAUUGUUGUUGAAGCUGGUGGAAGAACCAACGAGACUGCUUCGUUGCUUGCAAAGUCUGGGCUUAGGGUUAUCCACAUUGCAAUAGAUGAGAAGAUGCCAAUUUAUUGGGAAGAUCGGCAUCAGAUGGAGGUUCGGAUGCGACUUCAAGCUUUGAGAGUUGUGAGAGAAGAGAAACUAGAUGGGAUUUUGAUGUUUGCAGAUGAUAGUAAUAUGCAUAGUAUGGAGCUUUUUGAUGAGAUCCAAAAGGUGAAAUGGAUUGGCGCUGUAUCGGUUGGCAUUCUUGUUCAUUCGAGUAAUUCUGAUGAAGAAUUAUCAGUAGUUCACAAGGAAGAAGAUGUAGAGAACUCGCCUAUGCCAGUUCAAGGACCAGCGUGUAAUUCAUCAGACAAGUUGGUUGGCUGGCACACCUUUAAUUCAUUGCCAUAUGCGGGGAGGAGUGCGAAUUAUAUUGGUGAUAGGGCAGUUGUGUUGCCCAGGAAGAUGGAGUGGGCUGGGUUUGUGUUGAAUUCCAGGUUGCUCUGGAGGGAAAGUGAAGAUAAGCCUGAAUGGGUUAAGGAUCUAGAUUCAAUAGCUGGGGAUGGAGAGGAUAUCCAGAGUCCAUUAUCUUUGCUGAAGGACCCUUCAGUGGUCGAGCCUCUGGGCAGUUGUGGGCGCAAGGUUUUGCUGUGGUGGCUCCGUGUUGAAGCUCGUGCAGAUAGCAAAUUUCCUGCCAGAUGGAUCAUUGAUCCCCCAUUGGAGGUCACUGUCCCGGCAAAACGCACACCAUGGCCAGAUUCUCCUCCUGAACUUCCAGCUAAUGAAAAAAGGAUUGAAAUCGAGGAAAACAGGGAGAAACAUAUUAUGAAAACUCGAGCACGCAGAUCAAAACGCACCUCCAGAAGUAAGAGAAAGCGUGAAGCAAGAUUGGUAGACACUCAGGUCUCAGCUAGGCAUUCUGGAGAAAAGUAAGACUUUGUUAGCCAAAGACGUUCAAGAAAUAUACAGUUGUGUGAAAUAGGGCCUCAACAAAUUUGAAGACGAAGCCAAUAUCCGUACCAAGUACAUACAGGAAGGCAUGUGUUACAGUGGGCCAGUUGAUAUGUCCGUUCUGGUUUCUGUUGCGCCUAAUUUCCACUUUUUUUUUUCUAAAAUUCAUUUUUUCAUUUGGGUGAUCGAUCGAUAUUUUAGUUUCAUGAAGCAGUAGUGCUAUGUUGAGUGUCAACUGUUCUGCCGUGUCGGCUGCUUUCCAGGUUUUACUUGUAGUCAAUAUGUCAAAAGUUUUUAUACAUAAUUUUCAGAAUAGAAAUCAUAGGUUCGUGUUGUUGAAUUUGGCUGAAACAAUACUUGUAAUAAAGAGUUAUUUCACUUCAAGAAUGCC